AAUCGCAGAGCAUAGAUCUGUGCUUCUUGCUGUCAUCCUCUGCGUCUCGAGUUUUGACUCAUCCGCAACUGUACCUGACACCGUCCAGGGCCGCUCCGAUCAGUUCGCGUUACCGCCGGCUCUCUUUUACUGUACAGAAAUAUGCCUUCUCAGAAGGUUGAAACUGGCCAUCAAGACACGGUUCAUGAUGUGGCAAUGGAUUACUAUGGUAAACGGCUGGCUACAGCCUCAUCUGACCACACCAUUAAGAUAAUUGGGGUGAGCAACACAGCCUCUCAACAUCUAGCAACCCUGACUGGACAUCAAGGGCCUGUAUGGCAGGUAGUAUGGGCUCACCCUAAAUUUGGGUCUCUUCUUGCUUCGUGUUCUUAUGAUGGUCGUGUCAUUAUAUGGAAGGAGGGCAAUCCAAAUGAAUGGACUCAAGCUCAUGUGUUUGAUGACCACAAGUCAUCAGUUAAUUCAGUUUCUUGGGCGCCUCAUGAGUUAGGUCUUUGCUUGGCUUGUGGUUCAUCUGAUGGUAACAUCUCUGUUUUCACUGCAAGAGCAGAUGGUGGCUGGGACACUUCAAGAAUUGAUCAAGCUCAUCCUGUUGGCGUUACAUCUGUUUCAUGGGCCCCCUCAACAGCACCUGGUGCUAUUGUUGGCACUGGCUUGCUUGACCCUGUACAGAAGCUAUGCUCUGGUGGCUGUGAUAAUACUGUAAAGGUAUGGAAACUCUACAAUGGCGUUUGGAAGAUGGACUGCUUUCCUGCUCUUCAGAUGCAUACAGAUUGGGUUCGAGAUGUUGCUUGGGCACCAAAUUUGGGGCUUCCUAAAUCUACAAUUGCUAGUGCAUCUCAAGAUGGUAAAGUCAUUAUAUGGACAGUGGCGAGGGAGGGAGAUCAGUGGGAAGGCAAGGUUUUAUAUGAUUUCAAGACCCCAGUUUGGAGGGUAUCAUGGUCAUUGACUGGAAAUAUAUUGGCUGUGGCCGAUGGGAACAAUAAUGUGACAUUAUGGAAGGAAGCAGUAGACGGGGAGUGGCAACAGGUGACGACAGUGGAGCCGUAGAAUCAUAAUUUUGAAGUCUUGUUGAUUUGGGAUAAUGGUUAGAAUUUUCUCUUUUAAAGUCUAAGUUACAUAUACAGUUGAGUAAUUGUGCUUCAUGAUCCUUGGUUCCUUCGACUCUGUGAUCCUUUGAACAUUCUGUGCUUGAAAGAAUGAAGUUCUAUAGUUUGAGUUGUUUUCUUUUAUCAGUUAGAACAUUUACAUUCAGUGAUACAAUAUGACAUUUCUUCU